AUGCAAGGUGUAGCGGCCCUGCUCCACCGCCAACACCACGCCGCAGCUUCCGACGACGCCGCCCGCCAGUCUAGAAGGGACCGGCACCUCGAACUACAUCUCCACUCCACCUCUCCUCUCUUUCCUUUGUUCUGGCCUUUCGACCGCCUGUAUCUCUUCCGCCCUCUCUUCUCCGGCACCGUGGCCCUCCCCGCCCUGCCGCCCUUCCCCUCCGACAUCAUGUCCUUCCGCACCAAGCCCGUCAUCCCGGCCACUCCGCGCGUCAUCUCGCCGAGCCCCACGCCCUCCGACCGCGAAUCCUCACAAGAUGCCUACUUUGGCCCCACCACCAGGUCCGCUGCGAGAAGGAGGAGGCUCGCCACGCCCCAGUCCGUCCCAGAGAGCCCGAGCGAGGACAACACACGAGACGGACUGCGGAGGUCACGCACAAGGAGCAGGAGCCCACUGGGCACGGGCAAAGUGAACGGCCUAACGGCCAUCAACACGGAAAAGACCCUGCUAGCCACCACGCCGGAGGACCUGCCAAACGGCAACGCCAACGGCAAGGCCUCCCACGAUGCCAAUGGCAACACCAACGGACACCUGUCUCCCAACUCGGCCCAGACGCCAGGAUGGAGCUGGCGUGACUUCAGCCGAAGCCCGAGCCCGCUGGGGCUGAUCCCCAUCCACCGGCACUGGCGGACCUUUGUGCACAAGCACGAGGUGCCGCGCAAGCUGCUUCACCUGUCCAUCGGCUUCCUGGUGCUGUGGCUGUACGCGUCGGGCACUCAGACCACGUCCGUGACGCCCUGGCUGGCGGGGGCCCUGGCGCCCAUCGCAACGGCCGACUACAUACGGCACGUCAACCCGGCCUUCAACCGCUUCUAUACGCGCGUCCUCGGCGCCUUCAUGCGUGAGAGCGAGGUUUCCGGCUGGAACGGUGUCGUCUUCUACCUGCUGGGCGCCCUGCUCGCCCUCGGCGGCCUCCCCAAGGACGUCGGCGUCAUGGCCGUCCUCCUGCUCAGCUGGUGCGACACCGCCGCCAGCACCUUCGGCCGCCUCUACGGCCGCUACACCCCACGUAUCCGCCGCGGCAAGUCGCUCGCCGGCUCUGCUGCCGCCUUCGUCGUCGGCGUCGUCACCGCCUGGGGCUUCUGGGGCUGGCUCGUCCCUACCAUUGGACCCAUGCCUGGCGAUGAGGGCUUCAUGUUCAAGGGGACGCUGGGCCUACCUCACGCCGUCGCGUCUGCUGUCGGUCUGGACAGCUCCCUGGCCACCGUGUCCGGCGGCGUGGCCCUGGGGCUGAUGAGCCUUUGGUCGGGCUUCGCCGCUGCGGUAAGUGAGGUCGUUGAUGUUUUUGGGUGGGAUGACAACCUGACAAUCCCGGUCCUGAGCGGGCUGGGCAUCUGGGGGUUCCUGAAGGUCUUUGGGUAG